GCAGUUCAGUAAUGGUUUAGUAGUCCACCGAGACGAGUGGCCUUAGUAGAUUACACGACCCAGUGUGACAGUGACAGUUGCCCGCGGUACUCACACACACACACAAAAUGGAUAGAAAAGUGCGUGUGGUGAGCAUUUUGCUCGGUGUUUUUGUGCUGUUUUGUAAUGGAGAAUCACUCGGCGCUGGUAUGCUGGUCGAACGUACACAGGAUGGAGUGAUCCAGGCACAGGAAUCGAACGUAAAUUCGUUCCCGAUCGAAGACAUUGCUGGGGAAGAAGAUACCAUGAGGGUACUCGCUAAAGCGUUCAACCCGGAGUCCGUCAAUCCUUUCCUGGUUGGUGGUGGACCCGCAACAGUCGGCGCCUACCCGGCCCAGGUUGCCAUCCAGAUCGGUGCAACAACGUUCUGCGGUGGUACGAUCCUGAACCAGAACCACAUCCUAACGGCCGCCGGCUGUGUGCUGGACGCGAACAACAAUCUGAUCGCGGCCAACCAAUUUACGGUGCGGGCCGGCGUGCUGACGGUGGACCAAAACGCGCCUGCCCUUGCCGUCAAUCGAAUCUUCCCCCAUCCCCAUUACAACCCGUGGACGUUCGAAAACGACAUCGCUGUGCUGCGGUUGACGAACAACAUCGUGUUCCCGCAGGUUGCCACACCGAACAUGGCACCGGCCGAACUGAACCAUCGGAUCGUGCGGGAUGCGGAGACUUGCCAGGUGCUCGGCUGGAACUGGUUGCCCACCGCGCAGAACGUACCGCUGCAGGUGCUGAACGUGAUGUUUUCGCCACGAGCCUCCUGCAUUAGCCAGCAUCAGGGAUUGCUGCGCGACUCGAUGGUAUGCACGGAGACGACGGCCACUGCGCACGGUGUUUGUGCUGCGAACCGGGGCGGUGGGCUGUACUGCAACGAUCUGCUCACCGGUGUCAUCUCGUUCGGGUUUGGCUGCGGAACGAACAACACGUACACGGUGUACACGCAGGUCCGGUACUUCCACCACUGGAUACAGCAGCAGUUUAUUCGCACCGAUACACCCGUGGCUGGUCCGACCCCGAUGCCUGGUGUGGUUGGUGGAGGGGGAGGUGAUGCCAGCACCGUCAGCCUUUCCGUCGCUACCGUCAUCGUGGCGAUCGUAUCUGCCCUCUUCCUCAGCUAAGCCAGUUAGCAAAUCACGCCCAAAUAGAUCAGUAUCAGAGAAAGUGUGUCGAUUAUACCAAAAACCAAAACAUUGUAAAGAAAAUCAAUAAACCACAUUAAGACCUUCCAUUAAAGACACAAA